AUUAUUAACACUAUAACUGCUGCACCGUUUAAGAUGCAGUGUUCAUUCAAUUGAAUUCACGUGUGAAUACUUAGCGUAACUGAUCUAGAAUCUAAUGCCUUGUCUCCCCACCCCUGCAGAUAAAUCGAGAUGUCUGUAGGCCUAUCCCCCUACUGGUCGUUCAGGGAAAUCGUUCUGCGGUCUGCAAGUCAUACGAUAUUGUUUUGAAUCUGUUAUUCUUUAGCGGGAUCUUGUGCGUGUAAGUGUCCAUUGGGAAUGUAUAUUUGUAGAUUCCUUUACAGUUUCGGAAGGGCGUCUAAAUUUCAUGCAACAUUUAGAAACGUCUAUCUACUAUCGGCAUUGCACUAUUCACCGUGUGCUGCCUGUGGUCUGUUGCGUGGAUAGAAAAGUAAGCAGUUUUCUUCAGUUAACGGAAGUCGGUAGGUAGCCUUCAUGUGUGUUAAGUAGGCCUGUGAAUGCAUUAAUUUGGCUCUUAACGCUGAAGACGAUUGUUGACAUCAACAUUAUGAUUAGAUCGGUUGCUAAGAACUCCGAAUGGCCAGACUGAAGUUGUGGUGAGCUCAUACAGUCCACCACAUGAAUUAGUGGGGUGAAUAUUUUGAAGGCUGAAGAAUAUUUCAAGGAAUAUUGUUUAUCUUGGUGAAUUUAUUUAUUUAUUUUUUUAUCCACGGCGCAAUCGCGAAUGCGGGCUUUACCAUGACAUGUGCCGAAGAAGACGGCAACAAAUGUGUCACCUAACGUUACAGUAGCUGGGUGCUCGGGCUGCUCUUCAAAGACGUGGCAAACGCAUUCUACAGUAAUAUGGGGUCCCAGAAACUUCUGCAGGAUUGGUGUCGCUUACAGUGCGAAAACUAUUCAAAUGUGGAAAUCAGGGAUUUGACCACCUCUUUCAAAGAUGGAUUGGCUUUCUGCGCUAUCAUCCACAAACACAGACCAGACUUGCUUGAUUUUCAUUCACUGUCAAAGGAGGAAGGCUAUGAAAACAAUCGCCUGGCCUUCGAAGUAGCGGAGACACAUCUAGGUAUCCCUGCUUUGCUUGACCCUGCUGACAUGGUGUCUCCAGAGGUGCCCGACAGGCUGAGUGUCAUCACCUACCUUUCCCAGUACUUCACCUACUUUGCCAAGACAUCUGAUGCUGGAUUCAGCAACUUCCUGAUGUCCAGCCUCCCUAGGACCUGCAAGGAUGGAAAGAAAGGUCUCCAGGUACACCAAACAAAAACCUCAGCAGAGAAGGGGAAGGGCCAGAUCGUCAGCAGAGCUCCAGCCCACUUGUGUAGGGCGUGCCAGAAGCGUGUUCACCUGGUACAGAGACACAUUGUGGAUGGAAAGUUGUACCAUCGAAGCUGCUUCAAGUGUAGUCAGUGCAGCAGCACCCUUUUCCCAGGAUCAUACAGAAAGGGAGAUGAGGCUGGCCAGCUACUGUGUUCACACGUCUGCAUACAAAAACCAAAUGGCUUCCCAAAACAGCACAGCCUUGCAGACCCAGCAGAAGCCCUUCAGAGUGGGACGACUCAAGACGUGCCUUGUUCAACCAGCCUCACUGAAAAGCACAGUCUAGAGGUGGACAAAGAGAAGAGAAGCGAAAGCCAGUCGCCCGAGAGCACGAAUGGACACAAACAGGGCAUCAAAUACAGUGGCCAAGUGGACGAUAAAGAGAAAUCACUUCCUGACAAGCAGGUAGGAACAGAAAAGGCAGAAGGAAAACAAACUCUUGAAAAACAGAAGCUCAUGGACGUUGACACAAAGAAGCUGGGGGUUAGUGCAGGCACUGGCUCUUCUCCCGCGCUGGCUGGACAGUCGGGGACAAACAGUCGGCCUGUGCCAGCACCGCGUAGGGCGAAAGCCCGACAGCAGGAGUCCAGCAGGCCUAAUCCCCCUUGGCCACCACCCAGGGCACAUCCUGCUAAAGUGAUGAACCGUUCUCAGUCUGAGAAUCAUGAAACCAAGUUUGGAGAUGGGGAGGAAGGCUUUGGCGGGUCGAGAAGCUCUGACCAAUCCAGUGAAAACCAGAAGCCAAAAAGUCCCCCUUGGCUGGAUUUGAUUCACCCUGGACCUUGGGCCAAACUUCCUCCAGUCGCUCUUCCACCACAACCCACUCGCUCCUGCUCUGUCCCUUUCCUCAGUGAGAUGUGGUCAAGGCAGAAGGCUGUCCACCUCUCCCCUCAUAAUCCAUUUGACGAGGAGGACGACGUCAGUGAAGAUCUUGAGGGAUCACACCAAGACACACGGACAGCGUGUUCAGGGAGGGAUGAGAGGCAGGUGCAGAUGACCAUGGUGACAAGCCAGACAUGGUGUGGCACUAGUGUACGGGACCAAGCCUGCGCUGAAAGGUCAGCUGAUGAGAGCCAAACCUCAAAGGCCAGCGUCCCUCAAUCAGCUGAACGCACUGAUACACCACCCGCAUGUAAAGGGGAAUCCAUAUCCAUUUCUAAGGAGAGAGGGGUGGUGUGCUCAGCAGAAGACUCUAACUCACCGGGUGACACCCCUUUAGCUAAAGCUAAUGCUCCAACAAGCAUGGCUGAAACGGGCCGUCUUGAGAAACCACUAGCUGAGACUAAUGGCACGGGUAACGUGGCUCAGUCGACUUGUUUAUCUCGCAUAUCAGAUUUAGCCGAGACUGCGGGUUCAGUGUGUGCGCUAAAUUUAGCUAAAGCAGUCACCACACCUGAGGCUUCCAGAUUAGAAUCCUCUGCUGGCAGACCUGAAUUAGAGAGUUUGCCCAAAUCUGCUUUGGCCUCAUCACCUCAGAUGGUCUCAGAGACUGAUGUUUGCAAAGAGCAAGAUCACCCUAAAAGUUCAUCAGAAGUGCAGUUAUCAACCCAAGUUAUCACAUCCUCCCCACCAAGUGCAUCAUGUAGUGACAGAAGCACAGAGGGUCAUUCACGGCCUACUCACCAGUUGUCAUCUGAUGGUCUGAUCAGAGACAGAGCACCUCCGCCACCACCGACUAAACCAUAUCGUAACAAGCGCACAUGCAAAGAAAACCCUUUCAACAGGACAACAUCCCUUGCCGAGAUCCCUAGUGCGUCAUGUUCCUCUUCCCCUAAAGCUGCAGCACCUGGCCAUGGCUUUCCCCUCAUCAAGAGAAAGGUAGAGACCGACCGGCACCUCCGGAAGAAAGACCUCCAGACAGAGCGAGGGGAGCUGGAGAGGCGUUUGAAUGGCCUGGAGCAGAGGGGCGUGGAGCUGGAGAGGAGCCUCAGAAACUGUCACAAUGAAAAAGAGGAUGACCUUUUGGUGAAUUGGUUCACCCUCAUUCAUGAGAAACACAUGCUGGUGCGCAGAGAUGCUGAGCUGGUCUACAUGGCAAAGCAGCAGAAUCUGGAGGAGAGGCAGUCAGAUGUGGAGUAUGAAUUAAGAUGUAUCUUCAAUAAACCAGAGAAAGAUUGGAGCAAGGAUGACAAGGCCAGGGAAAAGCAGCUGAUGUCAGACCUGGUCACCAUCAUUGAACAGAGAAACCAAAUUAUCAACAGCUUGGACCAGGACCGGCAAAGAGAACAAGAGGAGGACAUGCUGUUAGAGGACAUGAUCAAAAAGAGAGAUUCCCAUAGAAGUGAAGAAAAUGAUCAGAGGGUCUUUGCUGGAAAGUUUAAGCCAAUGAAGAUGCUGAAGCAGCUCAGCCACAAGACUGAGAGCAAGAAGGGAAAGGGCAAGCCCUCUGUGAAGAAGAAGAGCUGAAGACAAACCACUGCUGGUGGUGCUGCCACGAGUGCUGAAUGUACAGUGAUGACCAGAGAGUCAGUGUCACAAAUAAAGUUGCCCCUUUAUUGAGAAGUUAUGUAGACAUGAUGACAUAGACAUGUCACUUUAAGUUUCCCCAAAAUGUUCUGAAGUAAUUAUAUUUAUGAGUGAUCUCAGCCAGUUUAUGGCAUUUUCUUAUUCCACAGGACAGGAUAGGGCAUCAUGAAGAAUUUAUGAUUUCAUAGGCUUGCCAGUAUUUAAACUGUAAAAGUAGAUAAAGUUAUGUUUGUGGCCAAUGUUAGGGUUUUCCCCUUCAAUAAGCGAUUUUUGCAAGAAUGUAUAGGUGGAGAAAUGUUGGAUAUUUAUUUUCAGGCUGUUAAUUAAGAAACUGAGACAUUCUGUCAUUGCACUCAAACGAAUCCUGUCUGAAAAGUAAAGUAUUAUGCCUUUUUGUA